AUGUCGGACGAUCUUAGUUCGGAUGCUCGCCCCUUCAAACCAAAUCAACAAAUUACUCGUCGAGAUCUUGGUGGUGAAGAUCCCCACAAGAUGAGAAAACUUGACAAUAAACUGAAGCGAUUACGCGAAAAAGUCCAAUUGGAUCGAGAGAUUGACAAUGAAUUGUUCUUUGGAAUGCUUAAUCUUGAGGAGAAGUUGAGGCUUAGGAAACUUUUCGAACUUGAGGAAGAAGACGUCGAGGAAAAGAAACCGGAAAUUUUCGGGAAUUGGGAUGCACUUCCGGAUGAAAUUGUGAAGAAGAUUUUGAAGAUGUCUAUUGAUUUUCCCCAAGCAACAGGGCAACUACUAGGUGGUCCUGGAAUGAAAAAUCCAUGUCAAAUGGUGGCCGAUGAGGAUUUGUUGAAUUGUUAUCGUCCAUGUCGUCUUGAGAAUCUUCUGAUAAUUGGAAGAGUGACACUCAAUCAAAGAUUGAUGAAUGCGUUACUCGAAAUGGAUAUCUCUAUGGUUAAAACAAUCAAAUUUCUCGACAUUAUGGGCAUCGAACUGCAAGAUCCAGUUGGAAAAAUCAAAUCCUUCCUCAAAAAUGCCAUGUCUCUGAAGCAAUUCGAGUUCUCGGGUUUUAGCUCUAAUCUGGAGAUCUAUUCGAUUCUCUUGCAGUUGAAGGGUUACAUUGAGAACCGCGGAAUCGAAUGCACUCCGAAGCACUAUUCAAGGGAAGAAAUGCUCAAAUAUCGAAAGGAAAAUAAGCAUCACGCUGCUUUGCGUGAGGAGGGAAGAAAGCACUUGAGAGCGGUGAGUUCUUCAUGUUCAUGCUACGAAUCAUAUGCUUCUGCUUUUGUUGAUACACAAUUUCUGAAUCCUUGUGUACCGAAGUAUUAUGAGCCAAAUUAUGAGGAACCGUCGAUGGUUUGUGUGUGCAAUGCAUCGUAUUGUGAUGAGAUAGCUUCUCCGGGUGUUCUUGGAGCAAAUGAGGCGCAAAUGUACACAACGAAUUCGGCCGGGAAACGAAUGUGGAGAGAGGCUAUUUUAUUCGAAAACACUCAACAGUAUGACUAUGUGAUUACAUUGGAUCCAACUCAACAAGCUCAACAAAUCUUUGGCUUUGGCGGCACCUUCACAGAUGCUGUUGGGAUCAAUUUGUUGAGCCUCAAUGCUUACGCUAGACAACAAUUGAUCAACACUUUAUUUUCAGUGAAAGGUAGCGAAUAUACUUUGGCUAAAGUGUCAAUUGGGAGCAAUGCCUUUUCAACAAGAGUUUACUCGAACAAUGACAAUGAUGGAGACUUCAACAACUCGAAGUUUUCGUUGACAGCCGAAGAUCGUCAAUAUAAGAUUCCUUUCAUCCUCCAAGCAAUGGCUGCUACAAAUGAGGGGAAUUUGACGGUUGUCGCUUCCCCUUAUGCUCCUCCAGCUUGGAUGAAAUCAAAUGGCAAAGCACAGGGUGGUGUCCCAAUGAAAAAUCCAUACAUGGGCGAAUAUUAUGGAGCCUAUGCUGACUAUCUUAUCAAGUUCAUUCAGUACUACAAAGCUGAAGGAAUUCCAAUUUGGGGGCUAACAAUUGGAGCAAGACCCUAUGAGACUGGAAGUGAUAAGAACUACCCGACUCAGACGUUGAGCUUCAAUGCAACAGUACAAAGGGACUUUAUCAAAACUUUUAUGGGAAUCUAUAUGGAAAGAUCGAAUGCUGCUAAAGAUACAAAAUUGAUGAUUAUCGAUGAUGGAAGAGGAUUAUUGCAAGAUUGGGGAGCAACGAUCCUUGAUGAUGAUAUGGUCAACUUGUAUACGGCUGGGUUUGCUAUUCAGCAAUACGGAGACGAGGAGUCAGCGCCGGCUAUGACAUCGAUUGUCCACACUCAAUGGCGGGACAAGUUCUUUUUGUACACUGAAGCUGCAACAGGAUGGGAUCCCUAUGAUUAUCCGGGAGUGAAAAUGGGGUGGUGGAAUCGAGCCGAUCGGUACAUGAUGUCGUUGAUUGAGAAUAUUUCCCAAUGGGUCUCCGGCUGGAUUGACUACAAUCUUGUUCUUGAUGUGAACGGAGGACCUAGCUGGGCGAAUGUCUCUUAUGACGCACCAAUUAUUGUCAAUUCGACGGCGCAAGAAUUCUAUAAACAACCCACUUACUAUGCGUUAGCACAUUUCAGUAAAUUUAUCAGACCAGGAGCGACAAGAAUUGAGCUCACCAAUAACGAUGACAUAGUGGAAAUUGAAUCAGUUGCAGUAAUCAAUCCAUGGGGUCAACGUGUACUCAUUCUGUUGAAUAGUGGCUUAUCAUGGGUUUACAAUGUAACAAUUGUUGACACAGCUCGACCCAACCAAUUCUUGAACAUUCAAAUGGGGCCACGAGAGUUCAGGACGAUUCUCUGGGAUGCGCCAAAUCAUAACAAAGAAAAA